AGAUGUAAAACCAUUUUCUCCGAACAGAGAUCUGCGAUGGGGAUGCAUCGCUCAAACGCUUUCGGUAUCCUCGGGUUUCUCAGUCUGCGGAUAUGUCAAACUUCUUCAGUUCUAUUGAGUGUAGCAGCCUUCCCACAGCGACUUCGAAGACAAGCAAGAAUAAUGGAUGAUCUUGACAUGCAAGCUUUUCAAGCAUCAGUUUCGAAAACAGACGUUGAACGAGUCUUGCGACGUAUCCAAGGUCAUCAAGGUGUAAUCGCACUCAUGGUGGCAAAUCGGGACGGCCUGAUAAUGCGAUCAAAUCUCGACCUCACCACCACAAAACUGUACGCAUUGCAAUAUCAGAACCUUAUUAAUGUGGCCCGUUCCGCAGUGCGAGAGUUAGACCCUCAGAACGAGCUGUGCUUCAUUAGGGUCCGAAAUAAAAGACACGAGAUCAUGGUGGCCCCGACGGAGGAUCUAGUACUGAUUGUGGUUCAGCUAAUCGAGAAAAUACCGGAGAGGGUUCACGGUGCAGCCUUUGACUAAAAUUGUCAUGAUCCACAAGCGAACAAGAAAAAUUGAUUCGACAAAUUUUUACUCGAAAAUGCCCAAGGUUUCUUGCCUAUUAAUAAUAAUGAUAAUAUCAAUUAUUAAAGUUAAACAUUCUUAACCGUG